AUGAAGGAGAUACGAAAACAUAUGGAAUUCUUUAUACAAGUUGCUUUUGCACAGGCAGGCCCCUCUCAUGGAGAUCUUCCUCUUCCUCCCCAAGGCCCUGAAGACGACCUAACGGCCAGAAUUGGUAGUACUGCCAGUGCUGGCAUUGGAGGAGAUCAAGGGAGGACUCUCACUGAGUCUUUGCUGCGGGAUCACUGGUUCAUCGAUAUGAUGAACAACAAUGAAUUGAAGUCUGGACCUAGCAGCUGCAGCAUGAUCAUGAAUGAUAUGGGCUUACCAUAUUACCUAUUUGCUGGUAGUGAAGCUGAUGACCUGGGGCUGCCAAGUACAGCUGUAAUGGGACUGCCCCCAUAUGGGAAUAUCAGAUGUCCUACCACUGAUAUGGGGAUGCCUCCUCUGAGUUUUAGAUCCAAUGGUGCUGCAAGUGAAAUGGGGCUGCCCUAUGGGAGUGUUAGAGACAGCAGUUUUGUCCCUUUCGGGUGUGAUAUAGGGCUGGGACUGCAUCCUUUCAGCGGACACAUAGGCAGCAGUUUCGCGAGGAGCAGGGACUGA